CAUCACCCAACAAAUUUGGCAUUAAGAGAGCACCAUACCUGCAAAUAAGGAACCAAGCUACAGCAAUUUCGACAACACGAUAUGGAUAACAGACUCCCAGAAGUUGCCAUGUGCAUUCCAACCAUAUCAACAAAGGGACUACUUUUGUCCCCUCAUCAGCCCCAUUACCCUCUUCUUACUUCUUCAAAAAUAAAUGGUGCAGAAAGAGAGAGUUCUGCAGUCUCGAAAAUCCAUGCGGGCUUUGGACCCAAGCUAAUAGAAAUAAUUAAACACAAGUUAACUUAUGGUUCCAAGAUCCUACCACUUGGCCGCGGAGGAAAAAUCUUUGAAAAGAGUUUCAGUAUCAAGGAUGGUGAGAGGUUGUUGCAUGCUUCUCGAUGCUACAUAUACACUACAGCUGGUGCGAUCUCCGGCAUACUCUUCAUCUCUACCGAAAGGGUUGGCUUUUGCAGUGAUAGGUCCCUCAAAACAUAUUCUACGACAGGGAAGCUGUUAAAGUUCCAAUAUAAGGUAUCUAUUCCGUUGAAAAAGAUAGAUGGAGUAGGGGAGAGCACGGACUUGAAGAGGCCAUCUAACAAGUAUAUGGAGUUGGUAACGGUGGAUGAUUUCAACUUUUGGUUUCUGGGCUUUCCAAAUUACAAGAAAACCAUAGAAUUUCUUCGUCAGACACUCAGUCAUGACUGCUUAAGUGAUUAGUCUAGAACAAUGGAGUCCAAGCAUGGCUUUCAUAUUUACAACACGUAUGUUGCAAGCCUCAAGUGGCGUUUGAAGUCAUUUCGAGACAAUUGAGGCGAAGUUUUGUACAGCUUGCCAGGUUCAUGCAUGUAUGGCUUUAAAGUACAGGAGUCCUAUUGAACAGUUGGGCAUAAUUGGUAGUUUUGUACAUAGAAGGAGCAGAAGACAUUUUUGUGCAUAGAUCUAGUAGCAAAUUGAAUAUGAAGAUCAAGAUAAUCAAGUCCAUCCGAUUCGGGUUCGGGCUGGUAGCUUUUAUUUGUUUUAGUUUGUUAAUGGGUCAAAACAGUUUAUUUGUUUUAAGUUUAUGUUUAGAACAUUGGGCCAGAGGCCAUGUUAUGUAUUGGGUCAAACUCUAGAAGUCCAUUAGGUUUAAGAUAUUGGGUUUGGGUUGUGCAUAUGAUGGAACGGUGUGAGUUUACAUAUAACCGCAUGUACGGUUAUUUGGGAAACGACGUAUCCCUGCAGCAAGAGUCACAACCGUUGAAGACGCACCUGUUCGUAUCAUAUAAAUGCACGGCUUCAUUCCCAGUUUCAUGUAACUGCAAGAUUUGUUUAUAAAAGUUCAGUUUGUUCAA